UUUGUCAAAUAAUUUUUUCCAAUAUGGCGGAAGUUUUGUGGUGUUGAACGCAUUUAACAAGUUAUUUUAACAAAUUAACUUGAACAAAUUAAUUGCAAUUACUUAAAUUAAUAGAUAUACAUAAAGUUAACAAAAGCUUUAAGCUAAAUAACACAAAAUGUAUAAUAUUUUCAAUAUUAUUUAACACAAAAAAAGAAUUUAACGAAAUUAAAAUUUUACGGUUCUGCCGUCAGUGCAAAAGUAGAAUACAAAAAAAAUAUGAAAAAAAUUCAACGCCGUGGUCUAAAAUAACGAGACAGAUAUAAAAAUAAAUGUCUAAAGGGAUAAAAAGAAAUCAUUAAUUAUUAUUAAAGUAAAUAAAUAUAAAUAAAUUAAUUAAUUUUGUGUUUAGUAAAUGUCAAAAGGAAAAAAUUAAGGCGUGAAUUGUUUGCAAAAGAAAAGAAACCAAUAAAAAAAUAUGUUAAAAAGAAUAAAAUAAGUGAGAUAGUGUAUGUCAAAGAGUUUGUGUGUAAAUUAAAAUACAACAACAACGAGAAUUAUAAAAACAAGAAGAAGAAGCAGCAGCAGCAAUAAAAUAACAAAAACAACAAAAAAUGUAGUAAUAAUAACAGUGCAAAAGAGAAGUGAUAAAACGGAUGCAAAACAGCAAAACACAAAUUGUUUUAAGGUUUUAAAUUUGUUUUUUUUAUGAAAAAAAGAUACCACAGCACUGUUAAACAAAAAAAUAAAUAUGCAAAAUUUUCAAUGCAAAUAUGUUGCUGCUGUUAAUGCCUUCCUGCCACCACUCACUUUAAUAUUUAAUUUGAUAUAAAAAAGAAAUUUAUUUCUUGUUUAUAUAGAAAUAUAUUUUAUAAUAAUUUAUAUUAUUGUGUAAUAACAACAACAACAACAAUUCCAACAGCAACACAACAACAACAUCAUCAGCCAGCAGCAAAAAUGUUUUAAACUGCAACUGUUAACCGAAAAAAUUGUCUAUAUUUUUUUAUUUUUUUAAUUUUAUUUUUAUUUUCUUUUGUGUAUAAAUUGUAUUUAAAUUAUGAAUAAGUUGGAAUAUCCUCGACGCAAUGGAGCACACAAAAUUCGUAUAACAAUAUUGUGUGCUAGAAAUUUGGUUCGAAAGGAUUUAUUUCGCCUUCCUGACCCUUUUGCAAAGGUUCAAGUUGAUGGCACCGGUCAGGUUUAUUCAACGGAAAUAAGUAAAUCCACUUUAGAUCCAAAAUGGAAUGCUCAUUACGAUUUAUUUUUGGGACGCAACGAUUCCAUAACGAUAACCGUUUGGAAUCAAAGGAAAAUACACAAGGGCAGUGGUUUUUUGGGCUGUGUUCGUAUACCGCCCGAGACUAUACAACGUUUGAAAGGAGCUGGAUUCCAACGUCUGGAUUUGGGUAAAUUUGCCUCGGAUGAUGAUGAAAUGGUGCGUGGUCAAAUAAUCAUUGCUUUCCUCUCGAAAGAUGGUCCCUGCAGUGGUAAUCCUUUAGCCAUUGUAGGACCAGGCGGCGAUGUUAGAGGUCCUUCUGAAGAUGAUUCCUCAGAGGAUAGUCUGCCCGAGGGUUGGGAAGAAAGACGUACGGGAAAUGGUCGUGUUUACUAUGUAAAUCAUACGACAAAAACCACACAAUGGGAUCGUCCUAGUAAACAUAAUAAUCAACACAGCCAUCAGCAACAGCAUCAACAUCAUCAGCCAACGGCACAACAGCAGCAGCAUCAUCGUUCUGCCCAACAGAAUGGUAGCGCUCAUCAUCCAGCUGGACCCACACGUUCUACUACUUGCACUAAUUUAUUAAACGGUCACAGUAGUAGAAGUGGGAGAGAUAAUGAUGAGAGGAGGCAUUCAACAGAAAUACUAUCGACUCCCAAUAACACUUCGGCAGUAAGUUUGGGCAAGGAAAACUGUAGCCCCUCGAGAGGAGAACAAACGCCCAAGGAAAGCAGCACUAAUACUGCGGCUAUAACACCCAACAGUAGGAAAUCUAAUCGCUCAAAUACAUCGCCCACCAGUGGCACUACAGCCGCUGUGAAUAAUGGUGUAAUAGCUGCCGCGGAAAAUUCGACAGCGACCGGACCUCAAACCCCCCGACAUCAACAUCAAAUCAGUGAUAGUGGACAUGUUAGCAAAACACCUAAACAUGCCUCUACCGCACCAGCUUCCUUGACCAAUGGCCAUCAUAUACAUAAUGAAACAGCAAACGGCACCACCACACAUCAACGUAUACAAACUGCCCAAAAUCUAACAAAUGGUAAUACCAAUACAAACAGCAACAACACUUGUAAUGGUAGUCCACAAUCUGCUCAACCCCAAUCGGCCGGCAACAGUAUAACAUGGAAUGCCAAUGAGGGAGACUCUAGUACACGUCACAGUCCCACUACAAAUGGUAAUAAUGGCUUAGCCAAUAGCUCAGCUAGUACAGCAACAGGAGGGGGAGUAGGAGGAGGUGGUGCUACGGUACAAAGUCCCAAUGCCAACUCUUCAAAUACAACCUCUAACAGCAAUCAACAGGCCACACCUACCAGUUCUAGCAACAAUCAUGGCAGCAGCUCGCAACGGGAAAGAGUUAGCACUGAAUCCUCGAGAGGAGAGUCACGUACACAAACCAACAGUACUCCCACAACGGCAUCCACUUCCUCGGCGGCUGCUGCUGCUGGUUCUCAACGUUCACAGAGACGUUCCUCCAGGUCUGCAGAAGAAUCCGCCAGACGACGAGGUUCUCGUAGUGCCCGGUCUAAUAACAGUAAUGCCCACAGAUAUCCAGGUCCUCCUCCCGGAGGUCCCGUUAAUCAGGCUGCUCGUCCCUUUAUGGAUUUGCCUCCAGGCUAUGAAAUGCGCAUUACCCAACAGGGUCAAGUGUAUUUUUAUCACAUACCCACAGCCAUCUCAACCUGGCAUGAUCCUCGGAUACCCAGAGAUUUUCAUACAGAAAAUUUAACACUAGAUGCUAUAGGACCAUUACCCAGUGGUUGGGAGCAAAGAAAAACCGCCUCGGGUAGAGUGUAUUUUGUAGAUCACAACAACAGGACAACACAAUUUACAGAUCCAAGGCUCAAUGGCAAUAUAUUGCAAUUAAUACGUAGAGGAGUAGUGCCCGCUCCAACAGCUGGCAGUGGUGGCAGCUCCAGCUCAGCUGGAGUCAGUAAUGCUAAUACUUCCUCUAACUCUAGCAGCAAUACGGCAGGCGUUAGUAGUAGUAAUAAUAGUGGCAGUGGGGGAGUGGGUUCUGGUAAUGGCAGUAUUAUACAACAUUUAUCCCCCGCCGCCUCACAUCCUUUAGGAGGUUCGGCUGCUACGCCCAACUCCUUACACACACCACAUCGCUCAACGGCUGGCAAUAAUUCGAUCAUUAUACCCACUGAAGGGCGUGCGGUGCCAGCCGAUCUACCCCAAGGGCUACUAGAGGGAGCCGAUCUAUUACCCAAAUACCGUCGCGACUUAGUAGGCAAACUAAGAGCUUUACGCACCGAACUGCAAGCUCUACAACCACAAUCUGGCCACUGCCGUCUAGAGGUAUCACGUAAUGAAAUCUUCGAGGAGAGUUAUAGACUGAUCAUGAAAAUGCGUCCCAAGGAUAUGCGCAAACGACUGAUGGUUAAAUUCAAGGGCGAGGAAGGUCUCGACUAUGGUGGUGUGGCCCGUGAAUGGUUACAUCUACUCUCGCGUGAAAUGCUCAAUCCACAGUAUGGUCUCUUUCAGUACAGUCGUGAUGAUCACUAUACAUUGCAGAUAAAUCCCGAUUCUGGUGUGAAUCCUGAUCAUUUAUCAUAUUUUCAUUUUGUCGGUCGUAUUCUGGGCAUUGCGGUAUUUCAUGGUCAUUGUUUGGAUGGCGGCUUUACGACACCGUUCUAUAAACAAUUGCUCAAUAAACCCAUUACUUUAAGUGAUAUAGAGGGUGUUGAUCCGGAACUACAUAGAAGUUUAACAUGGAUGUUAGAAAACAAUAUAACAAAUGUUAUAGAAUCUACAUUUAGUGUAGAAAAUAAUAGUUUUGGUGCUUUAGUUGUACAUGAACUUAAACCAUCGGGCGCUUCCAUACCAGUAACAGAGGAUAAUAAACGUGAAUAUGUUAAGCUAUAUGUUAAUUAUAGAUUUAUGCGGGGUAUUGAACAACAAUUUUUAGCAUUACAAAAAGGCUUUUGUGAAUUGAUACCAAGUCAUUUAUUGAGACCAUUUGAUGAACGCGAAUUGGAAUUGGUUAUUGGCGGUAUAUCCAGUAUUGAUGUCAACGAUUGGCGCAACAAUACGAGACUGAAACAUUGUACACCGGAAACCCAACAAGUUAUAUGGUUUUGGCAGGUGGUGGAAUCCUAUUCUUCGGAAAUGCGUGCUAGACUUUUACAAUUUGUUACCGGUUCUUCGCGUGUUCCUUUACAAGGUUUUCGUGCUUUACAGGGUUCUACUGGCGCAGUCGGACCACGACUUUUUACUAUACACUUGACACAAGAUGUACCCACACAAAAUCUACCCAAAGCUCAUACAUGUUUCAAUCGUAUAGAUUUGCCACCCUAUGACAGUUAUCAACUGCUGUAUGAUAAACUUACACAAGCUGUAGAAGAAACUUGUGGUUUUGCCGUGGAAUAAUUGAAAGUUUUUUGAAUAGAUUUGCAAACAUAAAGAUAAAUGUGAUGAAAGUAUAUACUUAUACAUAUAAUAAAUAUUAAAAUAAAAUUAUCUUAAUAAUAAAAAAAAAAA